CCAAGAUGGCGGCUUCCUUUGGAGCAACGCUGCUGCUGUGAUCGUGUUUACUUGCCUACUUGUAGAGACUAUUCAGUUGAAACCAGACUUUAUUCAACCGCAGAGGGGUCCGAGUGUUGUGGCGGAGAUGAAGACAUUCUACGGGAGAGCCAACCCGACCACCGGGGCUUUAGACUGGGUGGAGGAGAGCGAGGAGUACGACUACCACCAGGAGAUAGCAAGGUCCUGUUAUGCAGACAUGCUGCACGAUCACGACAGGAAUAAGAAAUACUAUGAGGGCAUCCGGGCCGCUGUAACCAGAGUGAAGGCUCGCGGCGAGAAGGUCAUCGUGCUGGACAUCGGCACUGGAACCGGCCUCCUGUCGAUGAUGGCCGUCACGGCCGGGGCUGACUUCUGUUAUGCCGUGGAGGUUUUUAAGCCGAUGGCCGAGGCGGCGCAGUGCAUCGUGGAGAAGAACGGCUUCUCCGACAAAAUCAAGAUUAUUAACAAGCACUCCACAGACAUCACUGUGGGACCAGAUGGAGACAUGCAGGUGAAGGCCAACGUCCUGAUCACAGAGCUGUUCGAUACUGAGCUGAUCGGUGAAGGAGCUCUGCCCAGCUACGAGCAUGCCCACCAAAACCUGAUGCAGGACCGUUGCGAGGCCGUCCCUCACCGGGCCACCGUCUACGCCCAGCUGGUAGAGUCGGAGCUUCUGUGGAGCUGGGCUCAGCUGCAGCCAGUGGAGGUGGAGGGGGCCAGGCUGGUCCCUCCGCCCGCAGUGGGCCGGUGUGCCGGAGCUCACGCGGUGUGCGACAUCCAGCUGAGCCAGGUGUCUCCUGCCAGCUUCACCCCGCUGGGUCCUGUCUGCACCAUGUUUACUGUGGAUUUUAGCAAACCUGUAAGCAGCGCCUUCCAGGCCCAUUCCUCCCAGUUUGUGGCUCAGUCGAGCGGCCGGGCUCAGGUGGUUUUGUCCUGGUGGGACCUGGACAUGGACCCCAGUGGGUCCAUAGUGUGUACCAUGGCACCCAGCUGGACUUACCAAGAGCCAAAGAUGGCCCCGUGGCGCGACCACUGGAUGCAGAGUGUGUACUUCCUGCCUGUGGAGAGCCAGGUGACAGAAGGAGAGGAGCUCAGCCUGAUGGUCUGCCACGAUGACUACAGUCUGUGGUACAGCCUGCAGCCUCGCAGCCAGCGGGGCUCACAGACUGAGGCUCCUCCCUCUCGGCCAUGUUGCACCUGCCAGGCUCACCUGGUUUGGACUCGGCCGCGUUUCGGCGAACUUAACGACAGACGGCGUACAGAGAGCUACAUCAGCGCUCUGCGCAGCGUGCUGAGAGAGGACAGCGUGUGUCUCAGCGUCAGUGACGGGAGUCUGCUUCCUGUGUUCGCUCACAUGCUCGGAGCCAAGAAGGUGUUCGGUUUGGAAAACUCCCAAAUGUCUAAGCAGGUUAUUGAUGAGGUUUUGGAAGCCAACUCCAUGAAAGGACGUGUUGAGCUGCUGGAGAUCAGGCUGGAGCAGCUGACCAGUAAUGAUGUAGGAGGAGAACAGAUCUCCGUCCUGAUGGGUGAACCGUACUUCAGCACCAGCCUCCUGCCGUGGCACUCCCUGUUCUUCUGGUACUGUCGCACCGCCCUGGCAGGUCUUCUGCGACCCAACGCCAGCAUCCUGCCCCGCGCCGCCUCCCUUCACAUGGUGGCCGUGGAGUUCCAGGAUUUGUGGAGGAUAAGAGCGCCGUGUGGAACGUGCGAGGGCUUCGAUGUCACACCCAUGGAUGAAAUGGUCCAGCGCUCUCUGGAUUUCCAUGAGUCCCGUGAGGCGGAGCCACACCCCCUGUGGGAGUAUCCUUGUCGUGCUCUCACCCAGUCCACCGCCGCCAUGACCUUUGACUUCACACAGUGCCUCCCUCAGCAGCCAAUCAGCAGCCAGGGCUCGCUGUCUUUCAUUAGGGAAGGUCGUUGCCACGGUGUUGCUUUAUGGAUGGAGUACCACCUGACAGAUGACAUCACUGUCAGUGCAGGUCUCACCGGACCAAUCAAUGAGCAGGGCGACUGCGAGUGGAGUCGACACAGGAAGCAGGGAGUGUACUUCUUCGGGUCGCCGUGGGAGAUCUCAGGUGACGGCAGGGCCGCGGUGUCUUACAGCUUCACCUUUGAACCCAGUUUAGGAGACAUUAGGAUGGACUUCACCGUCACGUCUCAAUGACGUCCAGCAAUCACGGACUGAACAGCUCGCUUUUUACCGAACCUUACAUUUAACAUGUUCUGUUCUGACUGAAUCUCCACGACUAACCAUAAUUCAGAGUGUGGAACAUGAGAAGCUUAGCGAGGAUGUCACUAAUUCUAAUGUUUAUUUUCUGAGAUGCCGCUGUGGGAUAUUUUGUAUGAGCUGGACAUUAAAAGUGUGUUUGAAGUAGUUUUUUUUAAUUCUCACUACAACAAAGGCUUGUAAGAUGUUUUUGUGUACAAGAGAUGUAGCAGCUGUCGAACAACAGGUUACAGUCUAGUAAAGCCAAAUGUUAUUUUGAGAAAGACUCAAAACAUAUUUAUUCGAUAUUCAGGAAAUUGUUGUUUUAUAAAGAAGUUUUUGUUUUUUUUAAAUUGGUGUCAGAGUUUUUGUGAAAGAAGUCAAAUAAUGUUCUAAAACGAGUUGUGUUUAAAGCUUCUGUUUGACAUGAAUGUUUUGCUAACGAGGUGUCAAAUUUGCCCAAAUAAGUUUUAUGUGACUUCAUAUUUUUCCUAAAUCUCUAAAAAGCAGACAAUGUAACACUGGCAUGACCCAAACACCAAAUAUCUGUUAAUGUUCAGAGAACUGUUGUCCUCUGUAGGGAUACAAUAUUUGAUAGUUUUCUCUAGAAAAAAAAAAGUUUCUUAAUUUCCUAAAGCACCCAGGAAUGACUUUAAAUGUUUUUAAAAGUUUGAGAGUCGGCCAAAUUAUUUUCUUUCAGAACAAAGGAUUACAUUUAGAUCCUGGGCCACCUACAGUCACAUUACCAAUAACUGUUUUUUAAGUAUUAAGUCACAUGCAGUGAAAUAAAUGAUAUGUUUAAACA